AUGAAUCAGCUUUACGAAGAGGUCCCCGAGACGAUCUCUCGCCUUGCUAACUUACAAUGGAUCUUGUUGUGCACGAACAAUUUCUCCGGAGGAAUACCGCGUGAUUUCGGCAAGUACAGCCCUUCUCUGAGCGAUGUUUGCUUUUCGGACAACAGCUUCACUGGAGAACUGCCGCGAGAUUUAUGCAGCGGCUUUGCUCUUCGAUAUCUCGCCAUCAAUGGGAAUGACUUCACGGGGCCGCUGCCCGACUGCUUGAAGAAUUGUUCGGGGUUGACGAGAGUCCGUCAGGACAGCAAUCAGUUCACUGCAGAUAUGAGUGCGUUUGGAGUUUAUCCGAAUCUAGACUUUAUAAGCCUCAGCAACAACCAAUUUGUCGGGAAUCUCACGGCACAAUGGGGGAGAGCGUACAAAUCUCACGAAUUUGAAGAUAGAUGCAAUGACUUGACCGGGAAAAUUCCCGACGAGAUGGGAAAUCUAUGGAAGUUGUUGAGCCUGAACUUGAGCAACAACCAUUUGGCUGGAGAUAUUGCCAUCUCGUUAGGGAACUUAUCGAAGCUAAAAGAGAAGAAACGGAACAAAAUCAAGUACCAAAAGAGAAGAAAUGGAUUUGGCUGCUGCUUGGCAAGAAAUUCAACUAGAUAA